AUGGAAGGGAACAGCAGCGACAUCACAUGGGGAACCCCUGAUGACAGACUCUGGGCGGUGAGGUUGAAAGCUUCCUUUAUGUCGAUCGAGUGCAUCCUGGCCAUGUUCGGUAAUAUCGUAGUCAUGCUCUUCACGACAACCAGGAACACUUUCCCGCGGAACGCCAGCGUCUACAUCUUCGCCAUGGCCGUGGCGGACUUUGUGAAAGGCGUGGGGUACGCGUCCCACGUGGGGCCGUUUCUGGAUCAAGACAUGGCCGGGUCUGAGGCGUGGUGCAAAGGGUGGGGGUACGUGCAGUCCGCACUUCGUUUCAGCUCGAUCCACCUGGUCACCUGCGUCUCCGUGGACAGGCCGGGGUGCUCUGCCUGGCCCGACGACGAGAUCCAGGAAGCUCCCCUGGACGAUCCCCCGGCCGACAAGGGCUCCACAGAAGAAACCCGCGACGUGACGGAAACCGGCAACGACCCCAUGGACCCCGCCCGGCCCGGACCGCUGCAGACCGAAGCCGCUGCCCGGCCAGGCUGCUGCAGAUGCAGGCGGGUCGGUUCCAAGUCGCUGAUCGCCAUGGUCGUGGUCGCGUUCGGGCUCCAGGUCCUGAUGCACGCGGUGAAGAUCUACGACGCCGCCGUGAAGCCCCUGGACGACGACGUGUACUUCGCGCUGGUGUGGCUGUCCAACUGCCACGCCUUCGCCAACGCCAUCCUGUACAGCGUGGUCCACAGGACCUUUCAUCUGGCCGUGGUCAUGGACUCCGUCGCCCUUCUCCGGUUCCUGCUCCGCUGCUGCGGGGCACGGGUGGAGCCGGAGGACCAGCCGCCCACCAGCAUCUGA